UUGUGGGUGCAGCUGAAGUGUAUCGUACAGCAGGGGCACAUCGUCACCAGCGACCCAGGACCUUACCAAAGUCUGUUGAACCCAAGACUUCUUUUACGACCGUGUAAGUCGGCUUGGAUCCUGCUCGGCAGCCAGUUGUGAAAGUCAUCACUUCUAAUAGUGCAGUGCCCCAGAGACCACCGCAGGGCAUUGGCUGGCUCAGGACUGACUCAGAGCCUAAAGCGUUGACACUGCUCAUCUAGAAAAAUGAUGCAAUUAUGACUCUCCUCCCUAGUCUGGGAAAGCAUCUUGGAUCUCCUCAUUCACAGCUCCAGUUUUCAGAGGUGGAGUAAGCCAGUCUGACCGGGGUUGGUGUCCAUGAUACAUCAAAAGGUUUAAUGUGAAGGAUCAUACCUGUGUGCACUGUACUUGCUCUACUGCAGGAAUUUCAAAAUGAUCGAACAGACCACAGUGGAGUGGAGAGAUAAAACUUUUGCUGAUGAAUCCUGUGGCCUUUAAUGAGUUCAUCCCAGGAAGCGAGAUUCAAGCUUAUGGAAAAGAGCUAGAGCCUUGCAAAAUAAUAAUUUAAAAAAAAAAAAAACCACGCCAAAAACUCCUAGCUGCACAAAUACAAGUUGAUCUAGAGACCCAUGCAGAGAGCUGAUGAUGAAUUGCCUGCGGUUUUGGGGAGGCUAAGUCUUUUCUUUCGCUUGCAUUGGGAAUCUGAAGUUAAUGCUCAUGAGAAGUAAAAUCAGAGGACGUGGGUUACUUGAUGUGCCUGAAGAUUGCAGAGGCAGCAGCGAAAGGACAAAACUUCUCUUUGAAGCAGUAGCUUCAGCUGUGUCUUAUUGUGUGCACUGGGAGCUGAGAGAAAUAGCAGCCAACCUGGAAGAAAAUGCCAGCUAAAGGUAAAUACUUUUUCAAUGAAAACGAUGACUGCAGGAUAUCAGACCCGCUCUAUGAGAAGUACUGCUACACAAGCCAGCAGCAUCCACUCCUGCUAUUGCUGCUCUUCAUUUCAACCAUCUUCUGGACUACUCUAAUAAUAAUCUUUUUUGUCACUGAUGACGCGCGUUCUCAUCUUGCCUUCAGUAUUGCUGUGUGUGCUGCUCUUGUCAUAUUUGCAGUCAUGUAUUUACUUCUAUGUAUUGAAUCCCUAUUUCGGAGAUGGAUAAUGUUAUUUGGAGUUACGAUUUGGAUUUGCUUCCUAAUUGUAGCAUAUGUGUCUCUUUUUGAAGAGAGAGGUGUUCAUCACCUGUGGGAACAGGUGCCAUUCUUUCUAUUCAUAAUCUUCACAGUUUAUACCAUGUUACCUUUUGGGAUGAGAGGUGCUGUCAUAAUUAGCGUCCUUUCCGCUCUCUCCCAUAUUAUUGUUCUAAGCAUUGUGGUGAGCGUGACUCAUAAGGAAAAUAUGGAAUGCAUUGCAUUUCAGCUACUUGCCAAUGCUGUCAUUUUCCUUUGUGGCAAUUUGAUGGGUGCAUUUCACAAACGCCAAAUGCAAGUUGCUUCCUGGGAUUUGUAUAGAUACACAUUAAAGUGCAUUCAGGUCCGAAUGAAGUUGAAGAUCGAAAAGAGGCAACAAGAAAAUUUGCUCUUAUCCAUACUGCCAGCUCAUAUCUCUAUGGAAAUGAAGCUAGCAAUCAUUGAGCGACUGAAGGAAACUAAUGAUAAUAGGCAAAUGCAUGACAACAACUUCCACAGUCUGUAUGUAAAAAGGCACCAAAAUGUUAGCAUUCUUUAUGCAGACAUUGUAGGAUUCACUCGCCUUGCCAGUGACUGCUCUCCUAAGGAACUAGUAGUGAUGCUGAAUGAACUUUUUGGAAAGUUUGAUCAGAUUGCAAAGGAAAAUGAAUGCAUGAGAAUAAAAAUCCUGGGAGACUGCUACUACUGUGUCUCAGGCCUGCCUGUGUCCUUACCGGUUCACGCCAGGAACUGUGUCAAAAUGGGACUUGACAUGUGUGAAGCAAUAAAGCAGGUGAGAGAAGCCACGGGAGUGGAUAUCAACAUGCGGGUGGGUAUCCAUUCUGGGAACGUGCUGUGCGGUGUCAUCGGCCUCCGGAAGUGGCAGUACGACGUCUGGUCGCACGACGUGUCCUUAGCGAACCGCAUGGAGUCUGCGGGUGUACCUGGCCGUGUACACAUUACUGAAGCAACAUUAAAUCACCUAGGCAAAGCUUAUGAAGUGGAAGAAGGGAACGGACACCUGAGGGAUCCUUACCUGGAAUCCAUGAAUAUCAAAACCUACUUAGUGGUUGAUCCAAGGUCCAAACAAUGCGUAUCAAACAAUCAUCUCCCUAAAACAAGAGUUAAUGAUGGCCUGAAGAUGCGAGCGUCCGUUCGGAUGACACGUUAUUUAGAGUCCUGGGGAGCAGCCAGGCCCUUUGCCCACCUGAACCACAGAGAAAGUGUGAGCAGCGACUCUUCAGGUUCACAAGGAAGGCGAAGAAAGGAAAUACCUUUGUGUACCACUGGGCGCCAGAGAACUUCCGACAGAAAUUCAUCUCAGAAGGGAAGGAUAGAGGAAGAUAUUUAUGAUGAAAUGAUGUCAACCAUUGAGGGCCUCAGUUCAACUAACCCCUGGUGUGGCAGAUCGGAUGACUUCUGGGGAUUUUCACUGAUAUUUGCAGAACCCAGUCUUGAAAAAGAGUAUCGCACCAUUCCUAUUCCAAAACUGAAGAGUUACUUCCUAUGUGCCAGUUUUGUGUUCCUCUGUAUAUUUCUGAUACAGAUGUUUAUAAUGCCAAGAACUGCAAAAUUAGGAAUUUCCUUUGGCAUUGUUGCAGUCAUCAUUGUACUCGUUUUGUUUGUGUGCUUUGCUGAGAAAUUUACGAAGUGCUGCUCAGAACGGCGGCCUUUCCUGCGCCAUCUUUGUGCCAUCUCAGAAAAGGUGGAAACGAUGCCUUUAAUUAGGCUUCCAUUAGCAGUCAUCACUAUAGGUGCCUUGCUCAUUAUAGCCAUUUUUAAUAUGACUACUGAAGAGAUCAAAGCUGCAAACUCUACUGGAUCAGGUGACCUGGGGGCUACAAGCUGUCCUUUUGGGAACGCAACUCAGUCCUGCAUUGAGGAAACUUACUACACUUACUGCUGCAUAUUGGGCUUCAUUGCUUGCUCAGUAUUUCUUCAAAUCAGCUUUGAACUCAAAGUUCUCCUCCUGUCCAUCGCCGUGACUGUGUACCUCGUCGUUUUUAAUGCCCUUCACAAACCCCCAGACUCCUAUGGCAACAGCACCAGGCUUUUCAUCAAAGAGCCAAGGAUAAUGAAUAAUUUAUAUCUGGUUCUGUUUUACGUAACCCUAAUUUUACUUGCAAAACAGAUUGACUAUUACUGUCGACUGGACUGUCUGUGGAAGAAUAAGUUCAAAAAAGAACACGAGCAGUUUGAGACGAUGGAGAACGUUAACAGGCUCUUACUGGAAAACGUGCUUCCGGCACACGUUGCUGCCUAUUUCAUUGGGGAGAAGAGAAACGAGGACUGGUACCAUCAAUCUUACGACUGUGUCUGCGUCAUGUUUGCGUCCAUACCGGAUUUUAAGGUGUUUUAUACUGAAUGUGAUGUCAAUAAAGAAGGCCUGGAAUGCUUGCGGCUGUUAAAUGAAAUCAUUGCUGAUUUUGAUGAGCUCUUGCUAAAACCUAAAUUUAGUGGUGUUGAAAAAAUCAAGACCAUUGGAAGCACUUACAUGGCGGCAGCCGGUCUCAGUGUUACACCAGGGCAAGAGAACAACCAGGAUAAGGAGAGGCAGCACGCUCACAUUGGGAUUAUGGUGGAAUAUGGAAUUGCCCUGAUGAGUAAACUGGAUGGAAUCAACCGACAUUCCUUCAACAACUUCCGCUUACGCGUGGGGAUAAACCAUGGCCCUGUGAUUGCUGGUGUGAUCGGUGCCCGGAAGCCUCAGUACGAUAUUUGGGGCAACACUGUUAACGUUGCCAGCAGAAUGGAGAGCACGGGGGAACUUGGGAAAAUCCAGGUCACGGAAGAAACGAGUAAAAUCCUGCAGGAGCUGGGAUAUUCCUGUGAAUGUAGGGGACUCAUUAAUGUCAAAGGCAAGGGAGAGCUGAGGACUUACUUUGUUUGCACGGAGACUGCCAAAUUCCAAGGUAUGGGACUGAACUGAGGCUGGGAUGAGGUUUAUCAAAAUAGACUUAGAACUGCCUCCCUUCUGUGAAGACUUCGAAUUUCCCUCCUUAUGUGAAGGACUUUAUUCUAAAAACAUAUAUAUAUUAUUGCUAUUUCUUCUACACCUCGAGAGAAGAGAAUGUAUUGGGUUUUUCUGAAAGAAGUUCUGAAAAGAUCCAGGAAGACACCCAACCCCCCGUCUGAAGACGACUUACCCUUCCCUGAAAUAGUUUGAGGAUUUACCUGGAAUUGCCAUGAACCGUGUUCCCUUAGUUCCUUUCCUUCCUUGCUGUGGGGGAGCCUUCCCAGCUCCAGGAAUGAUGUCUGUGGAGGCGCUGCAGGUGCUGCAGAACUCCUUGCUGUGUUCACACCUCCCAGUGCUCCCGUCUGUGACACACUCCUGCUGACAGGAUGGCCUGGUCACAUGCCCGGGGCACGGCGCUCUGGGCACUGCAGGAGAUGGCUGAACCAUGGGAAGAGGAACGAAGUAAACUCCAAUAUAUCAUGUGCUAAUUGUGCUGAGCUCCUUCGGGAACCAAAAACGGUAUUAAUUGCACGGUUUGGGAUCACUCUUUUAUUAUCCUGGCCUCCUCCAUAGCUGUAUUACACAGAUGUUGUCAUGACCAGCAGCUGGUCAGAAACAACUUCAUCUAGCUCAGAGCAUUUACAUCCUGGUACAUCUCCCCUCUGUAUUUCUGUGCCUCGGUGCUUGGUACCUGCGUGCACGUUCUGUACAGCCCCCUCAGAGGACGGCUUUAAAAUCCUGCCUUUAAAUUUCAAAAAACCAAACCCAAUGUUGAGGGAGCACCCAGCUCCUGCAGUUUCUCCUGCCCGCCUGGUUGGCCAGGCUCUGGGAACAGCUGGUAUCGCUGGCUGCCUUCGGCAGGGCACUUAGGGAAGAAAAAAAUAAUCUGUUUCAAAUUGUUUGGAAACAGAAGAACAGAACUACUGAGAUAGUAUUAGAGACAGUAGCAGAUACUGUAUAAGCAGAACUGCAUCUGAGGUGGGGUUGGGGUUGGUUUUUUGCCAUUCUUGUUUCUUCAAUGUGACCGGCCACUGGCUGUUUCUGCCUUUUAGAGACAAUGCAGUUUAUGAAACAAACGGGGUUUGAAGGUUAUGAAAGGAUGUGUGGAAAAAACAUAUUCCUGGUGGAAAUGUUCCAGCAGAGGCUCAAUACUGAGAGUAGGCAAUUAGUAACAUCAUGGGAAGUGACUUGCUGUGAGUUAAUUCAGUUUUGUAAAGUUUUUAAGCUCUUAAUGACUUUUGCUCAUUUCUAAAGUAGCAUUUUUCUACUUACUGCAGUCUGUUUUCUGUUGGUGGAGAUGCCAGAGGUGAGUGAGGGGAACAUCCUG